AUGUAUAGCUGGACGGAUGCUACGGUGUUAAGUGUGGUGAAGGCGCAUCUCGCUGAUGGUGCAUUGAAAUGGCUUUUAAGUAAGAUCGAUACAAUACAUACUUUCAAUGAUUUUAAAGAAAGAUUCGCGGCAACUUUUACGUAUGCGCAUUCGCGUAGUGAACAGCUGAGAAGUAUGAGCGCGCGAAUACAGAAAUCGGGCGAAACAAUUCAAGAAUACGUGUUAGAUAAGGUGUGGCUGUGCAAAAAUUUAGACUUGACUGUUGCAGACGUUCGUGACGAGGUAGCAGCGGGGUUAUGGUCUAAAGACCUUGCCCAGUAUCUGCUCGUAAGAGAGUACACAUCGACAGACGCCACUUUACAAGAUCUUGUCCGGGUGGACAGAAUUCAACAGAACCGACGGGAGAUGGCAGCCGAUCGACGCAGUCCACGAGGUGCAGUACGAGCAACGCGAGUCUUCACGGCUACAGGGACGCGGAGAGCGGACAUCGGCAAAGCGAGUCACCCAGAACAACGCGACGAGAAGAGCGACAAAGUGAGCGAGAAAACCGUGGUUAGGGGUAACAAUGCGAUUAAAUGUUUCAAUUGUGGUGGCUUGGGACACCUUUCCCGCGACUGUAAGAGCGAAAAACGCGUGGUAACGUGCUAUUUAUGUAAACGUCCGGGUCAUGUCGCAUCUCGAUGCGCAAAUAAUAAGCAGACAAAUAAUGUCAAUUCAUCGAAACCGUCUGGUAAUGAAGUAAAUAUGGUUAGGUCAAAUGAAAUGGGAGAUGUUGAUGGGAAAUUCGUGCGUGAGAUCGGUAUAGGGUCAACUAAGGUAGUUGCAUGGGAGCUACGCACAGUGUUAGAGGGAUUCGGGAGAGGAGUUGUAGAGUCUCCAGGCGUGAUAGAAGAAGACGCCGUGUUUGAUCAAUUAAAACCGAGAACGACUACAUUUAGAGUGGUUCCCGACGAAUCACAAAGGCAUGACGUUAUUUUGGGUCGCACAUUUACCGAAGCGUUGGACCUAGUUUACACUAGAAUUGGGGAUGACCUAAAAUUCAUGGAAAUUGAUCCAGCCAUUUUCCAUACAUAUAGAAAAACGCGAGCACCGGCAAUUGGUCGAAUUGAAUUAGAACCUGGCGUAGUGAAUUUUGUUGAUCUAAAGUUAGAGUCUCAUACAGUGAAUAUUCCGGUUGUUAACCAAGGAGACCGAGUCGAGAUUAUCACAGCAGGAGAUCGAGUAGGCGAACCGAUUCUAUCCGUCGAGAGAGUGAGUAGGAGAAAUCCUAGAGUAGAAGAAAUCGUAGAAGAAGAAGUAAUUGUAGAUAAAUCAGUCACAGAGAAACAAAGAAAAGAGUUGGUUGACCUUCUCAACAGAUAUAGGAUAUGUGUUGCGAAAAAUUUAAGCGAGUUAGGAGUAACGAAUCAGAUCGAAAUGACAAUAGCUACAGAGAAAGAUGCAGUGGUACAAGCAAAGCCCUACCGUUUAAAUGCUAGCGAUCGCGACGAUUUAGACAAAAUUAUUCAAGAAUAUAAACAAGCCGGAAUAGUGACUGAAACAGAUUCGCCUUUUGCGAGUCCUGUAUUUGUUGUUAGAAAGAAAGAUGGAACAGCCAGAAUGGUACUUCAGAACGCGCGAUUAACUUUAAACCUAGACAAAUGUAAAUUCGGGAUGAGACGAGUAGAGUACUUGGGAUACGUAUUGGGAGAGGGAGGCGUUCAGCCAGGUGAAAGGAAGAUAGCUGCCAUCGAACAAUUUCCUCAGCCUCAAAGUAAAGGUGACAUUCGUAGAUUCAUAGGGCUAGCAAGCUUCUUCCGUCGAUUUGUUGUGGGGUUUGCAAGUCUAGCUAGACCUCUCACCUAUUUGUUGAAAGAAGAUAACAUUUUCCGAUGGGAAGAAGACCAAGAACAAGCGUUUCAAAUUAUCAAACAGAAACUUGCGACGAAACCUGUACUUAAAUUGUAUAAUCCCAAGGCGCAUUGUACAGAAUUACAUACAGAUGCAUCGUCGAUGGGGAUAGGUGCGAUGCUGCUACAAGCAGAUUUCGAGAACGAUCCGCUCAAACUGGUAUACGCUGUAAGCCGUAGUACAACCGAAUGCGAAGCUAAUUAUCACUCAAGCAGGUUAGAAUUGAUGGCCGUGGCUUGGGCAUUGCGGAGGCUCAGACCGUUCUUGAUUGGAUUAGCGUUCACAGUAGUCACAGACUGCCAAAGCUUAAUUCAUAUUAGUGCGUGGAAGACAAAAAACCCACAAAUUGCUCGAUGGAUGAGCGAAUUAUCAGAAUUCGACUUUCAAUUAAAGCAUCGACCGGGGAAAUGCAUGCAGCAUGUUGACGCGUUGUCAAGGGCGCCUGUGAACGUGGUUCAAGAUCAGACGGCAACGAUUUUUCAAAUUGUAACUAACGAAGACGAAGUCUUGGUAUUUCAAAGGUCGGACUCAGAUAUUUUGAGAUUGGUUAAAAUUUUACAGAAACAAGAAACAGAUCGUAAUAAUCAUGAGAGACAGCUAGUGAAAACAUUCGUGUUGCGUGAUGGAUUACUCUAUAAGAAAAUUGUUGUUGAUAAUGUAGAGCGAGAAUUGUUUGUGGUUCCGAAAACAAUGCGAAAAUCAAUAGUUAUAAGGUAUCACGAUCUAACUAGCCAUUUUGGAGUUGACAAAACCAUAAAACGCAUAACGGAAUAA